AUGGGUGUCGCGAAGAAAACGAGAAAAUUCGCACAAGUGAAGCGCGUGCUCGGCCGCCGCGACGAGCGCCUCAAGAAGCCCAACGCCCAAACGAAGCCCAACGGCAAGGGCCCCGCGAAGAAGGCAGACGAAGCCGAGACCGUUCGACACAUCCCUCAAGUCCCCUCUGGCCUCUUCUUCCAAUCCAACCAGCAGCUCGGUCCCCCGUAUCAUGUUAUUCUCGAUACCAAUUUUUUCUCGCAUACGCUCGCUCGUAAAAUUGAUAUCCAAGACGGUCUGAUGGACCUGCUACUGGCAAAGUGCAUCCCCGUCGUCACAGAAUGCACGAUUGCAGAACUCGAGAAGCUUCCUAGCCAGAAACACAGGCUUGCGCUGCGGCUCGCAAAGGACGAGCGGUGGAAGAGACUCAGGUGCGCGCACUCAGGCACGUACGCCGAUCAGUGUAUCGUGGAUACCGUCAUGCAGAACCGCUGCUACCUGGUCGGAACGGACGAUAAGGAAUUGAGGCAGAGGUUGCGGAAAAUCCCUGGUGUGCCGUUGGUGGGCGUUGGGAGAGGAAAAUUCCACAUCGAGAGAUUGCCCGAGAUAUCUGUUUGA